UUAACCCCUCCUCCUCGUCAGUAUUUCGAACAGAGGAAAUUCAUACAAAUGUUUUCAUACAGGCGCACCGUACUUUUGGAGAUGCCAGUGGCGUUGUGUUGAAAAGGGUUGAGGAAAAUACCCCGUAAAGGGAAGAAACGCACACGCCAGGAAUCACGGACACACAACAAGAACCCGAGCCUGGCUUUAACAGAAACGUUGCUGUAUGGGACUAUAAGAAAUGAAACCCGAGGUUGGCGUUGUCUGACCUCACCAAACAAGCUGGCUUAUAGGACAAACCACUUGAUCCGGCAAUGUGGUGUUUUGUUGGGGCUAUCAUUGCAGCAGUCUGUGCAUGGGAUGCAUCCUCCUUUGGCGUUUGAUGCUGUGCAGAUCCACCCUCCUCUCAUCAGAGUGAUGAACUAAUAGGCAAUGAUUUUCUCCUUGGAAAUCCACCGUGGUUUAUUGUUUUCACGUUAGUUGUGUUUGUUUACUGGCGGCCAGACUCCUCCCGGUGCGACACAUGCAAUUUAUAGAGUAUAUUUUCUAUUAUCGACUAGUUGUGGAGGCAUUCUUUAUACGCCAGAAGAAGAAAACACAUCGUUAUUACGAAGUCUGACAGAUACUCAAAUAUUUUCCCACGUGAAUGAAAACGCAUAGGACUUGGAUAUACCUAUUUUUCUAUGAUACAAUUUGUAGCCUUGUCCUGGAGAACUGAUCUAAUUGUGUUAUUAUGCAACCGCAAGGAUCUCAUCUAUAUCUGGGUGUUUAAGCUACUGGAUUGCUCUUCGCCCAAAUCAAUGUGGUUUCUUUGGAACAUUUUCAGCAAAGGAACGCAUAUGCUGCAGUGUCUUUGUGGCAAGAGCCUUAAGAAAAACAAGAAUCCAAGUGAUCCCCAGCUCAAGGGUAUAGUGACCAGGUUAUAUUGCAGGCAGGGAUACUACUUGCAAAUGAACCCCGAUGGCUCUCUUGAUGGGACCAAGGAUGACAGCAGUAAUUCCUCUUUGUUCAACCUUAUUCCUGUGGGCCUCAGAGUUGUUGCCAUUCAGUCCGUGAAGACAGGGUUAUACAUCGCCAUGAACGGGGAAGGCCAUCUGUACACAUCAGAACUCUUUACACCAGAGUGCAAGUUCAAAGAGUCGGUGUUUGAGAACUACUAUGUGAUCUACUCGUCCAUGUUGUACAGACAACAGGAGUCGGGGCGAGCGUGGUUCCUAGGGCUCAACAAAGAGGGCCAAGCCAUGAAGGGGAACCGAGUGAAAAAAACAAAACCAGCUGCUCAUUUCCUGCCCAAGCCAUUAGAAGUUGCCAUGUACAGAGAGCCAUCAUUGCAUGAUGUUGGAGAGACUGUGCCCAAGGCGGCAGUGCCUCCCAGUAAAAGCACAAGUGAGCCGGCGAUGAUGAAUGGAGGUAAACCUGUCAGCAAACCCGACAAGCCCACCACAUAACCACACCUGAGCAAUGCCCAGUGUGUGUAUGUGUGUGUCUGUGUGUGGAACGGGGGUGGGGGUGCGGGAGAGACGUAAUGGAGGCAGGCCUUUUCCUGACUAGACUCUA